GCCGUCCUUGGACUCGGACACUCCUCGAGGCAGCUUGGCGUCGAGUCCACUUAGUGAUGCGCGUGACGAAUCUCCUGCCGACCUGUUCCGCUCUCGCGAAGACUCGUACGCUGAUUCCACUCGAUCUCGCGGUGAUUCGUACGCAGAUUCGAUCCGAUCUCGCAACGACUCCUACGCUGAUGUGUUCCGGUCUCGCAAUAACUCGUACGACGACGUGUUCCGAUCCCGUGGAGACUCGUACGCUGAUGUUCCGUCCAAGACGGACUUCGAUGAACACAAUCUCAGCGAUGAAGAGACCCACAAUACUCCGAAGUAUUUUGAUACCGACAGCGAGCGUGCGAGCUCAAUCAUCAGCGACUCUCCUGUAUCCGGCCAGAAUACUUUGGAAGAGAAGAACGAAGAGCAAGAAGAGCAAGAAUCUCGAAAGAAAAGUGGCAGUCGUUGGCGCGCGUCGAGCGUGCUUAGCGCGCUUUCUAGUCGUCGUUCAAGCAAGCCAACCAGCUCACCAACGUCAUCCCUCGAAGAUGAGGAGAAGGACAUCGACCAGAAGAAGAAUCGAUCAAGUACUUUACCCUCAGUCGCUGCCAGCGGCUUGAGCUCUGUGGCUGGCCUACUGAACCGGAAGCUUUCGGUCCCAGCGAGCAACAACAACAGCACCACGAAAUCCUUUGAAGAAGAUAUUGAGGAAUCGUUCGUGUAUUCGCCGCCAGCUCAGCAGGCCGCCAAGAGCAAGUCACGCUUCGGUCGCUUCACUGCCCCCACGGUGUCCAAGCCGGCAUUCCCGUCUCGUUUUGCGUGGAAGAGCCGAGGACGACGCGGUACGAACGAUGAGGAAGACGAUGAACUUGCAAACACCCGCGCUGCCUAAUCUAUCAGACCCAAGACAAACUUGCUGUAAGCAUUUACGCAUCCACUACUUGUAUGCGUGGACUAGUUUUGUGCAUGUAUUCUACAGCUUAAAUAAACAUGUUUUGCUACGUCACCA